AGCCUAGACAUCAAGCAGCAGGAAAGAGUGAUUUUCUAAACUGAGGCGGUGAUGUUUCGUAGGUGAAACAACCGCGGACGAGUGACAGGACUUGGGGCUUUGUAUUGAGUAAAAAAACACCCUUGUCGACGGUGUGUAGACUUUGACUGAGUCGGUCCUCGUUCAUUCGGGAAACAUUCAGGUACGACAGUUGAGGAGGCUGAGGUUCUGGACCCGAGGACGAGCAGCAGCAGCAGCAGCAGCGACAGCAGCUAAGUCACAGCUGCGGUGUCGAGAGGGAAAUCAACACUCACACUAGCAUCGCUAACAAACGCGACAGACACCGAACAAUCGGGGGAUAAUUUGACUGAGGAUCUACUUGACCGUCUUUGCUGGCGUCGAGAAGAACACAAGUUAGUUGUCGGUGCAAAAUCCGGAACCUAUUAUUGGACCACGUCGACGUUGUCACUUUAAAAAUAAGAGGAAUACACAUAAAACAAGCGUCCAGUCGCCGUCCAGUUUUUUGAGGAUGAAUCACUUAUCGCUCAGUGAGCUAUGCUGCCUGUUCUGCUGUCCACCAUGUCCGAGUAAGAUUGCCUCCAAGCUGGCCUUCCUGCCCCCAGAGCCCACCUACAGCCUCAUGUGCGAUGACAGCGGCAGCCGGUGGACGCUGCACCUCUCGGAGCGAGCCGACUGGCAGUACUCGGCCAGGGAGAAGGAGGCCAUCGAGUGUUUUAUGACGCGCACCUCAAGAGGGAACCGCAUUGCCUGCAUGUUUGUCCGCUGCUCACCCAGUGCCCGUUACACGUUACUGUUCUCCCACGGAAACGCAGUGGACUUGGGUCAGAUGAGCAGCUUCUACAUCGGCCUGGGGUCACGGAUCAACUGCAACGUCUUCUCCUACGACUACUCGGGUUAUGGCGCAAGUUCUGGGAAACCCUCGGAGAAGAACCUGUACGCUGAUGUCGACGCAGCCUGGCAGGCCCUUCGCUCAAGAUACGGCAUCCGGCCGGAGAGCGUGAUCGUGUACGGCCAGAGCAUUGGCACCGUGCCGUCUGUGGACCUGGCGUCUCGCUACGAGAGCGCCGCCGUCGUCCUCCACUCCCCCCUCACCUCAGGCAUGAGAGUCGCCUUCCCCGACACCAAGAAGACCUACUGCUUUGACGCCUUCCCAAACAUCGACAAGAUUUCCAAGGUGACUUCACCGGUGCUGGUAAUCCACGGUACGGAGGACGAGGUCAUCGACUUCUCUCACGGCCUGGCGCUGUACGAACGCUGCCAGCGCCCGGUGGAGCCGCUCUGGGUGGAGGGGGCCGGACACAACGACGUCGAGCUCUACGGACAGUACCUGGAGAGACUCAAACAGUUUGUUGCACAUGAGCUCGUCAACUUGUAGAGGGGGAGCGAGACACAGAGACGAGGAAGGAGAAGGAAGAAGAAAGAAGAAGGAGAGAAGGAUGUUGGUUUCAGGGGUGGUCUUUUUGUCGUGAAGUGAUGCAGGUAGAGGUGUUGUCUGUGUGUGUAUUACUGACUUUUUUUACGGUGGCUAGCGUCUCUUUAUCAAACACUUCUCCUCCUGGAGGCUCCAGCCGGGCCGGCCCGAGGCCCUGAUGGUACCGUCCACUCCUCCAGCUGCAGCUGUGAACUCACAACUACCCAUGACUUUGUUUUUUUUUUGCUUUUAGAGAUUUCUCCUUAUCAUGUUUGAAAAAAAUUGCACAUCAUGAGUGGAAGAGGAAAUAGUCAUGUGCACAGACAACAUAUACCAUGUGUACGUGCACUGUGUGUGUGUGUGUGUCUGUGUCAUAUUCUUGCUGCCUUUUUGAGGUCCACAGUUUUUACUGAAGACCUCGGAUCAUUUUGAGAAACAGUGACCAGAGAUGGACCUCACUCUUACUAAUCCAGGUGAACUCAUCUGAAAUAUCGAGGUCAGGUCUGGUUCUAAACAGUGCAGUUACCACUCUUUUUUUUUUUUUAAGGCGGGGGAGGAUGUUUUUGUUUUUUUUAUAUCAUACAUGAUUUUUGCACGUAUCAGCUGUCACUGAAGAACUGUACAAGACGUAUUAUUACUUAGCUGUGCCAGUGUUGCCAAAUGUUUAGUCUGAUAAAGUGACUUAUAGACACACAGAGAAGUGUAUGUUGUGUAAUUAAUGUCCCGAAAACCCCUGCGAAAGCUCUGUCAGCUGUUUUUCAGCCUCUGAUCCUUUUGUUUGCUAGUUACAGCCUUGUUUAUACUCGCCCCCUACAGGCAAACGUGCGUCAAUACUCUUCAAACCACUAGGAAGUCUAUGAUGGAGGUUAUGGGUUAUUCGAUAUGGGCUGAUUUUUGUUUAUUUUUUUGUCCCUUUUUCUUCCAUUUGAUGAAAACAUAGCUGAAAAUAAUACCAAUAAUUGCUUAACUUUUGUAACCAGUCUCUCCAAUCUACAUUUUACAUGUACAGUAUACCUAAACAUUAGGUACAGUAUAUGAAACAGAUCAUCAAACAAAAAUAAAAAUAAACCUGUGGAUGACAAAAUAAAGUUUUAGUGAGGCAAAUAUCGGUCUACCUCUAGUCAACGACACAACGCUCUGCCAUAUAGUGAAUACAGUAGAUCAGAUACAAUGAAACCACCUUUUAUUCUCUCAUUUUCACACCUCAAACAUAAAUGAUAAGCUACAUUAAAGCGGUAAAAGAGACGUGUGACGAUCAGUGUCUCAAGUGUCUCAACAGUGUUUGACACAGAUUAUGUGUAACUUCUGCCAAAAUAUAAGACAGCUCCUUAAUGCCUGGUCAGUCGUCGCUAAGGGGAAACUUUGUUUACGUCUGUCUUUUAGUUGUUGUUUUAGUCGUUAGCACUGAGGAAUUCAACGUGUCCUGUCCUGUCCUGUCCUGUCCUGUCGUGGGACAAGGGACGACGGCAGAGCCGCCAAUAAAAUUCUAUAAUUCAUAGCUAAACACUCUCGGAAACUUCUGCAGACACAGACUGUAAAACAUCUUUGGCUGACAACUUACUGGAAAUAGGCGGUCUGGCUUAUUGAAAACUAGAAAGUGACUGUACAUAUAGUCAAUUAAGAGUCUCCAAGAGUCCAGAACCCUCUGUUUGUCUGUCUGGUCUUAUCAGAGCUACUUUUAAAGACGCAUCUCCACGGCCAGUAUUCUUCUUGGAUGCGCCCAUUUACAGGCGUGGUGUUAUUCAGUGCAACACUCAAGUUGGAUGUAUAAACUAGUGGUUCCCAAACACUGGGUCGGGCCCCAAAAAUGGGCUGCAGGAGAUAUUUUUGGGGGUCCUUAAACAAAAUUUGCAGAAUUUUCCCAAAAUUCCUAGUUAAGAUUUGUGUGUGUGUACGUUUUAAAUUACAGGUAUGAAAUUUGAUAUAAAUCACCAAACAUGAUUAGUUUAUCAAUUCAAAAAUUUAAACCUGCGGCCCGUGGACCACUUGCAGCCCACUCAAUCAAAUUUGUGCGGCCUUCCACUUAACAUAAAGUCAUAAUUGUUAUUUUGUUUCUGUCCAUUUUUUUGAAUGUAGACAAUUUAUCGAUCCAUAGCAAAACAAACACUUUUAUUUUGAAAAGCUAUGAAAUAUCACCACAAAUAUCAUUAUUGCUAUAUAUAUUAUGUAUAAUGUUCAACUUUUUUUCCAUUUAUGGGACCCCUGAUUUAACCCCAUCCUUUCUUAAGUGUGUUGGGAAACUGCGUCGCGCUCCACUCUUUGUUCUCCCACUUGUUGGGUUUGGGCUGCUGUAGAAACACGACAGCACAAGACGGCCGCAUUAGUAAAGCACAACCCUCGUCUAAAGUACAUAUAGACGACGUAUUCUAAGGCCACAAAAAAGACAUGUUUUUAUUUUAAAAUUAUAAUACACUUAAAAAUGUAGCUAUUUGUAGUCUAUUAAAAAUAUACAAAACAAAUGUUUAAUGAUUACAUUUAUAAAAACAAAUCUUUUCACUUCAAUGACUUUUCUAAUUUGUGGAGCAUUUAUUAUCACAAGGUGGCAGCAACAGCAUGGAUUUCUUUCCUGGACUUUAUUGUGUUUACGAGGUUUCUUGAAAGUAUCUUGAAGCGGCUCCGCUGAGCUCAACACGCUGUAGAUUACUUCAGAAGUGAUUACAUUUCCCCACAGUCUUUAAAUGCAUCUUCUGAACCCUGUAUUGAUGUAACUAGAUCUCAUGCUCUCAGGAGUUGAGAAUAUUGAAAUAUUGGACAAAAAUCAAAUCAAUCAAAUGAUUGAAUAGCAUUUUUUGCGGUGUGUUCAGUCUCUUUGAAUAAACAACCCUCGUAAAUAUUACACACUGGACCUUUAACUGGUACAACGCAGUGUUACGAUCUAAAACAAGAAGAACAUGACACAGAAUGAUGGUCACUGAACAGCUUGUCAUGUUUCCCGUAGAUAUGUCACACACAUUUCCUACUUACUACGUCACCCUGAUGUGUUGUCACUGUAUUAUCAGUAUCAAUACACUAUAGUUAAGAUAUAUAUAUAUAUACAUACAACAUACUGGAGCAUUUUUUAAAUAAACUAAAUAUUUGAAAUGACGACUAUUUGCCUUUAGAAUUUAUUUAAAAACAAAAAGCCCAGCAUUGACUGUGUUUGUCCGUCUUUAAGUCUGAUAUAAAGUUAAAUAUUGUAUUUAUGAAUCAUACAUUUUCUAGACAUGUCUUUUUAUGACAUUGUUUUUAUGACUCUAACUACGGAAGAGUAUGAGGGCCACAUGUAAAGAAAAUGUUUUUGUAAGAAAGUAAAAAAACAAAAAAAUCAGCAGUCAGAAUCCUGAGAUUAAAAUUUGAAUUCUGAGAUUAAGAAAAAGUCAGAAUUCAGAGAAAAUGUUCUUUCUUUCAAAAUAAUUUUUUUACAUGUGGCCCUAAUCCUCUUCCGUAGACUAACAGCCUCUCAUUAAUAAGACUCUUAAACCACUAUUUCCAAUCAGGACUGAAGUAAAAAUGACCAGGGACUAUGUGAGAGUAAGUGUUUCAGAAUUAAAGGCCUCCAUUAUAAUGGAAUGUUUUUCUUUUCUUUUCCUUUGUCUCUCCUUAUCCUCCUCUUCAUCUGCGUAGUAUUUCUGGAACCAUUGUCGUCGUGUGUUGACGUGCUCUUUAACGCCGCAGUGUCGGCCGGCUCGUGACUCCUCUGAAGCACUGCCAGUGCCUGUAAAUGUCAAAGUGCUACUGCGUGCCACAAACGUUAGGGUUUUUUUUGUCUGUCUGUAUAAGAAAACACCACCACGACUGGACUACUGACAACUCGGUUGAUCAUUUUUCCUGACGGACAUUUUUGAAUACCUGUAUUGCACUUGAGCCUGUGUUCACAAACGUGGUAAAAAGUACUGUUGUUAAACGACAAUUAACCAAUAAGACAAUGGGUGCUACUGUAAACCUUCAGGAGAGCAAGUGAAGGCGGCCUGUGUUUGAUCCAGAUCAGGAUUGGUCAGGCAUUUAUCUUUUAUUAUUAUUUUUAUUUUUUUUACUUUCCUAAUAACUCAUUCGUCUUAAAACAUGGUUAUGCCUUCUUUUAUUUGUUUGUUUUUCACUUUAUAAAUGCUAUUUGUACUGGACGUGUUGUCUUAUUUUUGUUUCGCUUACACAAACUGUUCAUUCUCACACAUUUUUAUUUUCUCUAACUCACCGGCCGUCGUUCACUUCACCUUUGUACUCGUCACCUCGACUAAUGCCGUCUCUGAUUUGACUCUAGAUUCAUUUUGUAUAGCAUUAUUUCAAUACGGAAGGAACUUGUAUGUGAUAACCUUAUUAUUAUUAUUAUUAUUGUUAAUAAUAUAGUAAUUCUAACA